AUACAGAAAAAGGAAAAAAAAAAAAAAAAAAAAAAAGUACUGCCUGCUUUUGGGCCUCGGGCCGUUCUUGUACUUGAGAUAUCCAGUGGGGGUAAAUCUUUCUAGUAUAUGAUAAAACUCGACCUCCCGUCGCAAUGUCUCCGAUCGUCCACGUGCUGGACGACUAUUACCUCGCCAUCACCCUUCUCAUCACGGUGGCCUACCAACUCUUCUUCUUCGCCAUCGCCUUCUCCUUUAAAUUCGACAAACUGACCGACUUUGCUGGUGGCACAAACUUUGUGGUCCUUGCCAUCAUCACCCUAGCCUUCUCCGGCAGUCCCGAUGUGCGUCAGAUUGUUGUAUCCGUCUUCAUGAUGGCCUGGGGCCUGCGACUGUCGGGCUUCCUGCUGUUUCGCAUCCUCAAGACCGGCAAGGACGACAGGUUUGACGACAAGCGCGACAAGUUCUUCCCCUUCUUGGGCUUCUGGGUCUUUCAGAUGUUCUGGGUCUGGCUCGUCUCGCUGCCCGUCACCGUGCUCAACUCGCCAAACGUUCGGGCCUAUCAGCCGCAGCCAGCAUUUGGGACCGGCCGGGACAUAGCCGGAGUCGUGCUAUGGAGUGUCGGGUUCCUCAUGGAGAGCGUCAGCGAUGCGCAAAAGUAUCGCUUCCGAUCAUCUCAAGAGGGAAAUAGGUCUGCCAUCUGCGACAAGGGCCUGUUUGCCUUGUCGAGACAUCCAAACUACUUUGGCGAAAUGAUUCUGCAGUUUGGCAUAUUCACUAUUGCUGUCUCACCAGCUGCAGAUGGCCCCGUAGGCGGUCAAGCCUUCAAGGCCCUUUACGCAACUAUCAUUGGGCCCAUCUUCCUGACAUUGCUGCUCAUGUUUGUCUCUGGCCUGACGCUACAGGAGCGACCCGGUGCCAAGAAGCGCUACGAAAAGGGCAACAACUGGGAGGGAUACAAGCGAUGGUUGGAUAGGACUAGUAUCCUCAUCCCAUUUCCGCCGCAACUGUACGAGAAGCUACCGACUUUUUUGAAGAGGACAGUCUUCUUGGAAUUCCCGAUUUACGUCUUCGACCCGGCCAAGCACUCAGACCAGACCAGGGCAGGUGACGAAGAACAGGCUAGGCAAAGUGGGGAUGGCCUGGUCAGCUCUCAGUCAUAGUGGUGUUUUUAUCAGGACUUUUUGCUUUCAGUUCACAUUUGGACGUUGAUGUACAACAUGACAUUAUAGCAAUUCGCAAAUCAAAAUGACAGCUAAAUCUAAUGAAACUGAUGCGUUGCA